AUGGAUAGAAAAAUAUUCUUCAUCAGCGACCCACCUCAUUUAUUAAAGACACUGAGGAAUAACUUGGAAAAUUCUGGUAGUAAUAAUUUUACCAGAAGUUUAACGUGCAAUGAAAAAUCUUUAAGCUGGCAGCAAAUAGUUGACCUCUACGAUUGUGAUCUUGUUUUAAGCAGCACUGUAGCUGAUGCAAUUGCUCAUCGUAACAAUGAACAAUUUUCAGAAUUGGAAAAGUUCAUUCGUUUAACAGAUAUGUUUUUUGAUAUGUUAAAUGUAAACAAUAAAUUUCAAGGUCAAAAGAAUAGGAAGCCAGCUUUAUAUCCCUAUCAUGCAGUGGAUGAUUGGAGAUUUGAGUGGUUGCAAAACACAUACCUGAAAUAUAUUAAUGAGUGGAAAGCAAAAGCUGAAUCGAAUGAAGGGACUCCUAAAGAAAUGAAAACCAAACUUUGUUUGAGUUCUCAGACUAUCCAAGUGAUCAGGAUUACUGUGCAUUCGUUUGUUGAACUGGUCCCAUAUUUAUUGAGCAGAGUAAAUGAUGGUCAAGAACUUUAUUUUUUGUCCGAUAAAUUAAACCAGGAUUCUGUAGAAGAACACUUUGGACGAAUACGUAGUCGAGGAGGAGCAAACGAAAAUCCAACUGCUUACGAAUAUGGCCUUCUAAAUAGAAAAGUUAUUGUUGUCAAAUCUGACUUGCUGAAAGUUAUACGUGGUAAUACUAGAGGCUGUAUACGCGAAGAAUUAGUUUUUGACGUCAAUGAUAACAGAGAACUCCACAAACGCUCUAAAAGGAAAUAAAUUUUGUGAUUGAUUAAUAGGCUUCAUAGGCAUGUAAAAAAGGAAAAGUUAGUUAAAGAAAUCCGUACAAGAAAUAGAUUAGAACCCCAACAAGAACAGGUUUUGGAAAACUUCGGGGUUCUAGAUAAUAGUGUAAUGUUUAGAAUUUAUUUAAAUUUUACUAACUGUAAUAAUAUUUAUUAAACUUCAAGUAAUACAUGACUAUUAAUAUUUUAAAAAAUGUAUUACAACACUACAGGUAAAAAAUAAACAUAAGUUACUUCAAAUUUAAUUGGUAUUAUCAAGUAUGUUUGUAUAAACAGAUACCUUAAUUUGCUAAUAAAUACUAACACGAAAUUUACGGAUUUAAAGUUGUAAGUUAAUAAAAAUAUAGGCAUGCAUUCGUGUUGUUGGAAUAUUAUAUUUAUCUGCUUU